AUGGCCAUUACAAGUCCCAGAGAGAUCGAAGAAGCGCUUAUUGUGAACCCCCAUACGCCCGAACCAGAGAAGUCACCUGGAAUUAGUAAGAGAAAAGGCACACCAUCAUCGGAGUUGUCGUCCUCUAGCAAAAGCUUCAUUUUAUCUCCCCAUGGGGCUUUCUCUUCAGAGAGGACGGCCCUCUGUCUGGGUGACUCACCCCUCUUCGUGCCAUCGAUGCGUCUUUUCCCAUCAGGCGAAACUACAAGAUCAUGUGAUCUCGGCUUCACCGGGUCUUGCUGUCAAGAAGAUAUUAUGCUAAUCCCGAUUCAAGACGCUGCAUGA